GACUUUCAGUGUGAUUCCUGCGGCCGUCGGGGUUCGGUGUUAGUGCGUUCGUUCCGUUCGACAUUGGGGUGAAUUAAUCAAGGCAUGUAAUUCCGGAUUGUUUUUAUUAAUGCUUUACCCUCGUUCUACGGAGAUGUGAAUAAUCAAGUUCUAGUUCUAAGCAAACAAGCCGGAGGAUUAUUUCACUCACUAGUUAGUUCUUCCACCUGUUAGUCGUGCAGUGCAGGCACGACUCGACCUACACCGUUGUAUUGUGAGUGAUUGCAUUUUCUCGUUUCGCCUUACGGCAACUAGUGCACCGACCGAAUAUAAUAUAAUCCUGAUCACAAGAGCUGUUUUGCGGUGAGGUACCUACGGAGACUCUAGUAUUCAUGAUUAUUCGUGCCUGUGCAUUCUCUAUUCGACAAGUGGAACUCACACAAAUAUCCUUCUCUCAACCGGGUAAUAAUAAUACUUAUGUAUGUAUAUGUAGUUGUGCCGCCACAGCAGUGCUCGGUGAACAUAACAGGAUAUACCGCUGGUCAUUCGGCCAAGAAACGACCGAAUAAUUAAUCUCUGUCGUCGAGACGACGAUUACCGAAGUAGCAGCUGCGGAAGAUGAAGCAUCGGUAAAACGAUCUCUAUCGUUAAUGAAAUGGAGAUUUCUCACCGUUGAAUCGAUCCGAAAAAAAUCCCUAGAAAGCUGUCCAAGCCCAACGCCGAGCGAGAAGGGUGUGUCGACGAAAGAGAGGCCGAGAAGUAAGGCGACGGCGUUGCCUUGGCGACCGAUGUCCAGGGGCGCGCGAUGGCCGGGGAGCUAGCCGUGAGCGUGAUCGCGGUCGACGGCACCGAGGCUUGUCAGCAGCAUCAGCAGCAUCAGGCAACGGCGCCUCCUCGUGCUGCAGGGCCGACACAAAACGGCUGCAACAGGUCGUUCAUCUCGACGGAGGCGCAGACGGACGCGGCCGGUUCUCAAGGGCCGAACGCGUCCGGCAAUAGGGCGGAAAUCGACCGCACUGAGAACAACGGCAACGAGGACGAGGAGACGAGGGACGCGCGAAGGCGCGAACGCCGGAUGCGUCGGCAACACAGACGCGCCCUCAGGACCUGCUCCGUGCCCCCGAACUACGCCGGUGGGCCCUGCGCCGCGGGGGCCCCCGGGGUCCCCCUCGUUCCUCCCGUGGGAGGCUUUCUUCACCCUCCGCCGCCCCACCUUGGUCUCAGAGGACUCAGCGGCCUCGGCGGCCUUAGUUUGGGACUCCCCUUUCCUGUGCCAACCAGCGUUUCCGCCUUCGGGAGGGACUCUGUGCCGAAGCAAUGCUGCGGACUUGGUUCUCCGCCGGUACGUUGGUCCAUUCUAGGAGUGGGAGUCGUGGGCCUUGUUUGUGCAGGCGCAGGGGCCUUACUUGGGGCCUUACGGGCCACCGGUCGCGACCACAUUGCCGUCGCCCUACUCAUGAUUGGUAUCGGUGUGGUACUGGUGACUGUGAGCGCGGUGGCAUGGCGAGUUACCAGCAGGGAACACUGUGGAAGUUUCUUUGGGUUCACGGGUAUCUCGGGAAGAAUUCCACCGGCUAGACCCAUGCAUCCUUACGCCGCCAUGAUAUACCCGGAAUUUCAGUUUAGGCCACCGCCUCCGAGUUAUCAGGCCAGCAUGCAGGAGUAUCGACUUCGACUGCUUCUCCUGGAUCGUUUACAGCCGACGUCGUCGCCGCCGCCAACUUAUAGGUCGAAUGCGGGUAGCGUCGCUGCCUUGGGAGGAACGACACGUGAGAGCAGACCGCCCAGCUACUGUGGCCGACCGAAUCCGACGCCGACCGCCACUCUCCAGGUGCCAUCUAAAAAGGACGCGAAUCUCGUCAGGAUCGUCCAGACCGAAUCUGAGCCGGUCAUUCUCAGUGGGGACCAAACCCCUCCCGUUACUGCCGUCGAAGUGCUGGCUCAUCUUUAACACCUGGUUCUUGCCUAAGAUAUCGAUUGUACAGUCGUAUAUAUAUACAUGUACAGACGUAUAUAUAUAUAUAAACAUUAAUACGGUGGACGUUUUGACUCCGCGUGUGUAUGUGUUACAGGCUUUCCUGCACUCAAGUAAAAUCAUUCAACACAGUUCAAGCGUUAUGAAAUUCGCUGUUCGAGGUGAAAUUUUAAUACACCCGAGAAAAAUUUCUAGUUUUAACUGCUACAAAGUUCUUGGCUAUUUCUGUGUGUUUUUGUGACACGAUAGAUUCAUGUUUAGGCAAGACUCAUUGUUCACAUUAUAAUGAGAAAAUACCGUGCCGACAACCGUAGUCAGACUAAAUAGUUAUUUGUGCCACAUUUUUUUUUUAAACCCUUAUCGUAACGACACCCAAUUUACUAGCAUUUUCAAGUCAACACAACAGAUGAAAUUUUUCUCAGUGCAUACUCGACAUUCCUUAGCGUAUAUUUAUGGUCAAGUACUCGAUCAACUUUUCUUUACUAUUGUUAUUGUAAUAUAACGUGGUUGAAUCAUUAGAAUAGAAUUUGUGGGGAAAUUUUUUUCCAGUAUCAGUAAAUGCAUAUUUAAGGUCAAAUAGACUAAGUAUACUGCAAGUUUUUAUCGAAGCCGACGGUUUAUAUAAAAUUUUUGUUUUUACGCAUCCUAGGCGAGCUUGAAAUAUUUGUAAAAGUUGACCUUAAAGUUUUCGAAUAUAUUUUCCAAUUCGUGUGAAAUUUUACUUUGUAAAGUAACCGGGAAAAAAGUUGAAUUAUGGUUUA